AUGGUCCUGCUUGUUACGACAGACCGCAUCCUCGCCGCGUUCGAAGUCAUUCCAGCUGCGCGCCGCGAGGAGCUAGAUUUGCCUACCACGCUGGAAGCGCAAGGCCCGAUAGCCCACGAGCAACUGAUCCGCCUCGCCAGAUGCCUCCAAACAGACACUGAAUACAAGGAGCAUGUCUCUCAUAGCCCAACAGUCCUCAGCUCCCUCCUCCGCGGCACGAAAGUCUACGUUCCUCCGCCGCCAAAGAAGCCAGAGCCCAGUGCCGAAUAUCUCGCAUCAAAAGCACGUCUCCUCGCAGCAACAGAACAAGAAUCCUACAACCGACUCUUAAACCCAAACUACCAACCUAACCCCGACCACGCGGAUCCACACACAUCGCCCUACACAACCGACGGCCGCGUAGAAGAGGAUACGCUUACAAUCUCGCUGGUGUCUAGCAUAUUCAUCUCGGUGUUGGUGACCGGUUUCAGCGUGUACGCGGCGCUGACGAAAUUCCCGACGUCGCAGAUCCUGGCGAGCGAGGCGGUUAAGGUUCUUCUUGGGCUAUUUGCGGCGCUGAGUGUUGCUGUUGCGGAGUCGUUUUUGUAUUGGACGUAUCUUGGGAAGGUGGAUCGGGCGAGGGUUAAAGAGAGGCGGGUAAGGGAAAGGAAGGUUGUUAUUGGGGCGGUUGGGGAGGAGAAACAAGCUGUGGAUGAAGGUGUUGAGGUUGGGGCGGAGAAAGAGGAAAUUUGGGGGAAAGGGGUUAAUGGGGGUGUUAGGAGGAGGGUUAGGGAGAAGUGGGAGAAGGGAAGGGAUGGUGAGGAUGUUGGGAGUCUUUGA